CGAAUCGAAAUGGACUCCUCCUCGAGCGACACAGCUGCCACCGCCGCGCUGCCGCCCGGCGGGGCCUCGACGCCUCCCACGUCGCCGCAGCCGCAGCAGCCGGCGGUGGUGCUGAGCCCCUGCGCCGCGUGCAAGAUCCUCCGGCGCCGCUGCGUCGACCGCUGCGUGCUGGCGCCCUACUUCCCGCCCACCGAGCCCCACAAGUUCGCCACCGCGCACCGCGUCUUCGGCGCCAGCAACAUCAUCAAGCUCCUCCAGGAGCUGCCGGAGGAGCACCGCGCCGACGCGGUGAGCAGCAUGGUGUACGAGGCGAGCGCGCGCAUCCGCGACCCCGUCUACGGCUGCGCCGGCGCCAUCUGCCAGCUGCAGAAGCAGGUCAACGACCUCAAGGCGCAACUGGCGCGCGCCCACGCCGAGCUCGCCGGCGCCCGCGCGCAGCACGCGCACCUCCUCGCGCUGCUCUGCGUCGAGGUCGCCGCCGCGUCCUCCCCCGCCUACUGCGCCGUUGACUACCCCUCCGCGCAGCUCGCGGCGGCCGCCCCCGCGGCGCAGGCAGACGCGCUGUACGUCAUCGACGGCGGCAGCGGCAGCGGCCUGCAGCUGCAGUCCAGCCCCGUCAGCUGGGCCGACGAGCCGCUCUGGACAUGAGAGGUCAUCACGCCGAGCGCGCGCGCGAGCGCAGGGUGUUCGAUCGAAUGUCCAAGUAUAGUUAAUCUAGCUGAUCCUCCGUAUAUGCAUACGUAUACAGUUACAUAUAGAGUCAAUAUGUGUACGGGUGUAUGAUUUACUCCAUGUCAUAAUUCCAAAGUUAACCAAAGGGUUAACGUGGUUGGGGUUCGAAGCAAUUUCACAACCCCCUGAAUCUGAAUGAGCUUUCGUUUGAUCUGAAACUUUCCUGUACUCCUGUACCGUGUAUGACACUACCACUACUCUUAACAU